GUUCCCAGAGAUGAAAACAUCGUCAUUAUCAUUUUUGGCGCACACAAAACAAGAACAAUAAAUACAUUUUUUUUUAAGUAGAAGUAAAUUUUUAACAAGUAUUUAUAAAAAUAAAGAAAAAGCACCGACUAAAAUUCCCCACACAAUAGUUGUUAUUGUUUUUUUAGUUAAAAGAAAGAUUUAAAAAUAUAAACAAAUAAAAUUAAAAGUGUUUUAAUCAAUAACUCAGACAACAACAACAGAAAAAAAUGUUAAAAGUUUACUCAGGGAUGGCUUUAAAGAAGAGGCUACAAGUGUUAACGUUUGUACUUAUUGUUUGGCUAAAAUUAACAUAUGGAAUCAUAGAUGACGAUGAAUACAACAGUAUCUACAAUUCCCAAUUGCAGGCGGAGCAAAAUCAUGAAGUGGGACGUUUUCCAUUUCUAAUGCCAAAUGUUAGACCAAAAACGCCUGAAUUAUAUCUUUGUACACCGAUAAAGGUGGAUUCCACAAAAAGUUAUUACAUUGUGGGUUAUGAACCGAAUGCCACAAUGAAUACGGCCCAUCAUAUGCUUUUAUAUGGUUGCGGCGAGCCUGGGUCUAGGAAAACUGUGUGGGAUUGUGGUGAAAUGGCUAAAACGACUAAUGAAGAAAAACCUAGUCCUUGUGGUUUACAAUCACAUUCUCAAAUUCUCUAUGCCUGGGCUAGAGAUGCACCCAAAUUAGAAUUGCCCGAAGGUGUGGGCUUUAAAGUUGGCAAUGAUUCUCCCAUUAAAUAUAUUGUACUGCAGGUACAUUAUGCCAGCAUUAAAAAGUUUCAGGAUGGCAGCACUGAUGACUCUGGUGUUUUUAUCAGAUACACCGAAAAACCCAUGGACAAAUUGGCUGGUGUUUUAUUGAUGGGUACCGCUGGUGUUAUACCACCCAUGUCCAUUGAACAUAUGGAAACUUCUUGUGAAAUUAAUGAGAAUAAAACUAUUCAUCCCAUUGCAUAUCGUACACAUACACACAGUUUGGGUAAAGUUGUUUCCGGCUAUAGAGUACGUCCCGAUGAUCAGGGCAUGCAUCAUUGGACUUUACUGGGGAAACGUGAUCCAUUGACACCACAAAUGUUUUAUCCAGUGGAAAAUUCAGAACCUAUUAUUAAGGGUGAUAUUAUAGCGGCUCGCUGUACAAUGGAGAGUCAUCGUAAACGUGUUACGGAAACUGGCGCCACAAAUAAAGAUGAAAUGUGUAAUUUCUACUUAAUGUACUACGUGGAAAACGAUGAACCUUUAAAAAUGAAAUAUUGCUUUAGUCAAGGACCGCCAAUGUUUUAUUGGAGCAAUCCCGAUGUUGGCCUCAACAAUAUACCACAUAUCGAAGCGAGCACUUUGUAAAAAUGUUCAAAAAAGAAAAAAACAGGAAAUGAAACUCAAAACACAAAUGAAAAAAAAGGAAAAAGAAAACCCCCACAAACAAAGCUUUAUAUAUUUUUAUUUUUACAAAACAAACAAUUGUUAUAAACAUCACAAUAUUAGGGACAAGUGCAACAAAAUAAUAAUUUAAACAAAAAAAAAAAAAAGAAAAUUUUAAAUUAAAUUGAAAAAAACACACAAAUAUCAACAAAAUCAUAAAGAUAAAAAAACGAUAAUGAUCAUGACAACAAAAUGAUAACGCUUAGUAGGAUGGCAAACAAAUUAAAAUGAAAUUGAUAAUGUUUAAUAAGUUUAACGACAAGUACAUAUAUUACAUAAAUUAUCAAUAACUUGACCAUGACUCUUGUUGUUUUUUUUAUAUUAGCCAUCAAACAACAACAAUUUUUAAAAAGAACAGACACAAAACUAAAUUAAAACAUUCCAAAAAUACACACACACAAAAAGAAGACGUAAUAUAUUUGUAUGUAUAUCAUAUUAUAAAACAUUAUAAUUAUAAUUAUUAAUAAAUGUAUAAUAUCAAAAAUAUUAAAUAACAAUGAAGGUAAUAAUGCAAUUAUUAUAGAAAAAUUGUAUAGACUUAUUUAAAAAAACAAAAAAUGAAAUAAAAGAAAAAAGUAUGUAAAUCUCUCUGCAACUGUAACUAAAAAAACAAACUACAAUACGAUUAUGAACUUUUACAACAACUACUUCUACAAUUAACUAAACUAUUCAUAAGUGUUAUUGUAACUGUAAAACUGUAACUGUAAACAUGUAAUAAAAUACUGAAUGUCAUUAGAAAAAAUCAAAAAAAAAA